GUAGAGAUGGAUAUCAGAACAUUUGUUCUUCUCUUAGUUUCAGCUGGUCUCGUUCAUACUGUGGUCACAGCUUGUGACUACGGCUGGUUCGGCCCAAAUUGUGAGUACAAAUGUCACUGUGGUUCCACCGGUCUCUGUGAUGUCAACGGUUCUUGUGAAGAAAAUUGUGAAAGUGGGUGGUUUGGUCCAGCCUGCCAAUAUCAAGACCUAGCUGACGCCAACAUACUUACGACAACACCAACAAAACCUGCCCUGUACCUCACUGAUCAGGACGAUAACUCUUGUGUAGAUAACAUUACACAAAUUGCUGUACACCUCGAUGAUGAGAAUAUAACAACCAUUUUUAGCUGGUUAAGGAUCAAAUUCUUAACCACGGACAUGAGCACCAGGACAAUGUCCUUAGCCUUCCAGUCCCCAGACCAGUCAAACCUGGUUGAAUGUCCGGACCUCCAGAACUUUAUGAUAGACCACAGAACACGUGACCUCCAUUGCUACAGGACUGGGAUCUCAUCUUACGUGUACAUUCUCUUUAAUUCCAGCACUACAGUCUGUACUCUUCAUAUAAGUGGAGGUCGUAAUGUGGCCCUCAAGCAACAAGCCCUGCUGUCGAGUGUCUUCAAUAACCAUACAAAAUACGGCGCCAGUAAUGCGGUGGAUGGCGUGCUGAUCAACAACUGCAAGAAGUACGGAUGUGCCUUCACUGAGACGAACGCCACAAAACCAACACUAAUUAUCAAGUUGUCCAUACCGGCUCUAAUAUACAGAUCACGCUUUUAUUCUGGGCUUUACACCCUCGGCAAUAAUAAUUACUUUCAAGAAGGCAUAAACUACAAAAAAUUGAACUCCGACGGAAUUGUUUCAAUAGAAUUCGACAGCGAAAUCCAAUUUGUGGACCUCCUUUUUACUUACGCAAGAGAAUUUAAAGAACCUACUGCUAGCAUCAGUAUUUCUAAUAGUAAUAGUCACCUAGCUAACGGUUCUUUCAUUAUAUUUCGUGAAGUGGAAUUGUAUGGAGAAUCCGAUUGUUUUGAUGGAACCUACGGACUCGGCUGUCUGAAGACCUGCAACUGUAAAAUCAGGGGCGAAACUUGUUUCGUCAGCACAGGAAGUUGUCCGUCUGGCUGUCCUCUUGGUUACCAAGGUGAAGGAUGUAAACAAAUCUGCGACCCGGGGUAUUUUGGCACCAACUGCUUACAGAAAUGUGGUGACACCUGCAGGGAUGUGCUGUGUCACCACCUGACGGGACACUGUAUUAGGUGUCACCCUGGGCACUAUGGUGAUACCUGUGAGCUCAGGUGCAGCGAUCACUGUGCUGGGGACCGGAUGUGUGACGUCAAUGGGACCUGUCUCUAUGGCUGCACAGAUGGUUACCAUGAUGACAAAUGUUUGUUUGGUGAGGUCAAGCACCUGUCAUCAAGUCACGUGUCACAAACACUGCCUGUCAUGGGUUAUGAGAGCGUGUACAACACAUCAUAG